CUGGAUUCCCCCCCUCUCAGCUCCGAGCUGCUUCCUUCUAUUCCAGCAGCUGAGCCCUUCAUCACUCUCUUUGCCAGAACCAAAGGAAGCAAGGAGACCACUCUGCCCUGCAGAGCAUCUAAGAAGUCCCUGGAGUAGAACAUGACUGGCACACGCGUGUGAGGCUGACCAGUUAGCGGCUAUCACUCCAACUCAGGGUUUCAAAAUUUGGUGCUCUUCAACAUCACUUGGCAAGAUGAGGGAGCGUGGCAUCGUGCCGUUGGUGGCUGUAUUGUGUCUUGUGCUCUCAGGGAUGAACAGAGUGGAUGCACAGGAAGACUCUGCUGACCUGGUUAUCCUCAUUGAUGGCUCAAACAAUGUUGGAGGCAAUGAUUUUGCUGUCCUUCGUGACUUCUUGGUGAAUUUUGUCGAGAGGCACUUUGAAAUAGGAAGAAGUCAGAUGCAAGUGGCAGUGGUACAGUUUAGUGAUGAUGUCAAAAUAGAGUUCACCUUGGAUGAACAUUCUACCAAAGAUCAGCUCUUAGAAGCUCUGAGGAAUCUACGUCCCAGUGGUGGGGAAGAGUCAAACUUGGGGGCUGCCCUUGAGUACGUGGUGGAAAACCUUUUUACCACUGCCGCUGGCAGCCGGAAAGAAGAGGGAAUCCCCCAGUCCCUGUUGAUCAUUACUGCUGGUCCAUCCACUGAUGAAUUCAUAGAAGCAUCCAAUAAUUUGAAACUUAACAACGUCUUCACAUUUGCCAUUGGUGUGGAAAGGGCAGCUACCACAGAGUUGCAGGAUAUUGCAUCCCAUGGAAGCUUUGUAUUUGUUGCUCCCCAGUUCCAGUCGCUGGGUGAUGUGGAGAAUCAGCUCGCCACAAACAUUGCUCUGGUAGCUCAAAGGACCAUAGUCCUAGAAGCCCCAACCACUAGGAUUGAAGUUGUUGAGGUGAACAGGAGAGACAUAGUAUUCCUGAUUGAUGGUUCCACUGCUAUGGGAGCCAGCAGCUUUGCGGCAGUUCGUGAGUUUCUCAUUAAAGUAUGCAACAGGCUAGAAAUUGGCCCUGAUCUCAUUCAAGUUGGAUUGGCGCAAUAUGCCCGUGAUGCCAGGCCUGAAUUCUACCUAAACACCUACAGCAAUAAGAAGGAGCUGGUGGCACAGUUAAAGAAAGUGAAGAUCAUGAAUGGUGCACCAAUAAAUACGGGAGCUGCCUUGAACUUUGUGCAGGCAAAUUUUUUUACUCCAGCUGCAGGAAGCCGCAAGGAACAAGGUGUCACACAGCUCUUGGUCCUCAUCACUGGAGGACAGUCAAGAGAUGACAUUGUCCAGCCAUCUCGGGAGCUGAAGGAGGCUGGCAUUCUUACCUUUGCUGUAGGAGCCAGAAAUGCUGAUCUAGCAGAGCUUGAGCAGAUUGCUUUUGUUUCCUCUCUGGUUUUCCAACCCACAGAUUUCAAGACAGCACCUCUACAGGGUAUAAUGCCUUCAUUUCUGACGCCUUUGAGAACACUCUCCGGUGCUGUGAUCAUUGAAGGACCAACAGAAGUAAUAAACCAAAGAGAUAUCGUCUUCCUAUUGGAUGGGUCUGUCAACGUUGGAAAUGCAGACUUGCCUUUCGUGAGGGACUUUAUCAUCAAUUUAAUUAACAAGCUGCAUAUCGGCCCUGAAAGCACUCGAAUUGGCCUUGCCCAGUUCAGUGACACUGCUAAGACUGAGUUCUAUCUAAACACUUUAACUUCAAAAUCUGAUCUUGUGUCCCGCGUGGGGCAGCUGAAACUCAUGGGUGGGGAUGUCCUGAACACUGGGUCAGCUCUUCAGUCCAUCAUUCAAAACCACUUCACAAGCAGUGCAGGCAGCAGGUUGAAUGAGAAGAUUCCACAGCUCCUGGUCGUUCUGCUGGCUGGGAAGUCCUCAGACAGCAUUCAGGCAGCUGCUAAAGAAGUUUUGAAUUCUGGUGUCCUGACCUUUUGCAUCGGGGUGAAGAAUGCUGAUAAGGCAGAACUGGAAACCAUUGCGUUCAAUCCAGACUUGGUUUAUGAGAUGGAGGCGUUCAGUUCUUUGCCUGGUUUUAGUCAGCAGAUGCUUACACCUCUUUCAACGUACGCUAGAGAAAUUACAGACGUGACAGCUGAUCAAAGUGCAAAGAAAGAUAUUGUGUUCUUGAUUGAUGGCUCAAACGAUGUCAGGGCCAGUUACCCAUCAUUUAGGAGCUUCAUUGAGAGAAUAGUGGAAUAUCUUGAUGUGGGUGUGGAUAAAACACGUAUUGCAGUCAUCCAGUACAGUGAUUCUGCCCAGCCUGUCUUUUAUCUAAACACCUACUCAGACAGUCAAGGCAUGGUGAGUUCCAUCAGAGCCAUGGCACCCAUUGGAGGAUCUUCACUGAACAUCGGUUCUGCUUUAGACUUUGUCACCAGGAAUGUCUUUGUGAGUUCUGCUGGUAGCAGAGCAGCUCAAGGGGUGCCGCAGUUCUUGAUCCUGCUGACAGGCGGCAGGUCCAGUGAUGAUGCCAGUCAACAAGCCUCAAUUCUUAGAGCUGGUGGUGUCGUGACCUAUUGCAUCGGAGUUGGCAGAGCUGACCAGGCAGAACUGCAGUCAAUUGCCUUCUCUCCUGAUUUUGUUCUGUUUGUUCCUGAUGUUGCACAGCUGCAGACUGCCUACCAAACAAUCUCCCAAAGAGUAAGCCAGAUAACCAGAAAGGAAAUUCAGACUAUGGUCAGCGCAUUGCCAACUGUUAAAGAAAGCAAAAGGGACAUCUUAUUCAUCAUUGAUGCCUCUAGCAAUGUAGCUGGUAAAUUUCCAUUGGUACGUGACUUUGUACUUGGAAUCAUUGAGUCCCUCAAUAUUGGCCAAGAUGACACCCGUGUUUCUGUGGCUCAAGCUGCUGAGAAUGUCAAAGUGGACUUUAAGUUCGACUCAUUCCCUUCCAAGCAGGAGGUUGUUAAUGCUGUAAAAAGGAUGAGGUUGAAACCUGAGAAAAAUUUCAACAUAGGUGCAGCUCUCGAGUAUGCCCACGACAACCUCUUCACGCCAGAGUCUGGCAGCAGAAUUCUGGAAGGUGUCCCACAGUACUUAGUUUUGCUGUCUGCGAGUCGUUCAGAGGAUAGUGUAGAGGCACCAGCAGCCAAGCUGCAAAGAGCAGGUGUGGUAACGUUUGCCAUCAAGGGUUCUUCUACUGCCGAUGCUGAACAAUUGGAGAAGAUUGUCCUGGCCCCGCAAUUUGUGGUCUCAGCAGAUGCCCUGACAGAACUGGCCACAAUUCAGCCACAAUUUACUUAUCUGCUGAAGUCUGUGGAAAAGCCAACAGUAAUUACUUAUGAUAUAAACAACAGAAAAGAUAUUGUUUUCCUGCUUGACGGCUCUGAUGGUGCCAGAUCUUUCUUCCCAUCGCUCCGUUCAUUUGUUCAAUCUGUCGUGGACCGGCUAGAUGUGGGUCAGGAUAAGACACGCGUGGCAGUUGUUCAGUACAGUGAUUCCGCCAGGCCAGAUUUCUUCCUUAACACCCAUUUCGAUCGUCAAUCAGUCGUCAAUGCUGUGAGACGCUUAAAUCCAAUUGGAGGUUCUCCGCUGAACACAGGCAGAGCUUUAGACUAUGUUACCACAAACGUCUUUACCCCUUCAACUGGUAGUCGGGCAGAUGAAGGAGUCCCACAAUUCUUGAUCUUGCUGACCACUGGCAAGUCAAGGGAUGAUGUUUCUGGACCAGCUAGAGCACUCAAGAGUAGUGAAGUUGUUCCAGUUGCCAUUGGUGUCAACAGAGCUGAUGUGACUGAGCUGCAAACCAUCUCCUUAGUUCCCGAUUUAGCCUAUUCGUUCUCUGAUAUUACUCAGCUGGGAAAUGCAUACCAAACCAUCACAAGCAGAGUGUCUGAGCUUAACAGAGGACAAAUAGAAAUUCUGAAGCAGAGUGUCCCAUCAGUGCCUUCCGCAGGAAUCAAGAAGGAUGUGGUGUUUCUUGUUGACGGCUCAAGGGAGGCCACUCGCGACUUUGACAACGUAAAGGAGCUAAUCAGAAGGAUUGUUGAAAGAAUGGACGUGAGUACAGACAACACAAGAGUGGCUGUUGUCCAGUAUAGUGACGAUGUUAGGGCUGAUUUCGUUCUGAAUGAACAUUCCACCAAGGAUGAGGUUCAAAGUGCAGUGAGGAAUCUGAGACCCAAGGGAGGUAAUGUUGCAAACACUGGAAGAGCACUGGAAUAUGUUUCAAGGAACAUAUUCACCAAGCCUACUGGAAGCAGAAUAGAAGAACAAGUUCCACAAUUUCUCAUUCUUACGUCAUCUGGUCCUUCUGCUGAUGAUGUUGAAGAGGGUGCAAGACAGAUUAAGGAAUCUGCCCUGGUUCCAUAUUUCAUUGGAAAGAACAUAAAUUCAGAAGAGGCCAGGAAGAUAACUCUGGGUCAAGAGUUUAUAUACCCUGUGUCCUCAUUCCGUGAGUUGCCCAGUUUGGAGGGGAAACUUGUCACAUCUGUCACCAACCUAAAUCCAGAACAGAUAACCUUAAUCUAUGAAAGACAAGUAACACCUGGUCAAGUACCUGAUGGAGAGAGACGGGAUAUAGUCUUCUUGGUUGAUGGCUCUACAAAUACAGGAUCUGAUGGACUGGUGCGCAUUCGAGACUUCAUAUAUAACAUUGUACAGAACUUGCCAAUCGGAGCUAAUAAAGUCAGAGUUGGCGUGGUUCAAUUCAGUAAUGAUGUCUUCCCAGAAUUUAAGCUAAACACCUACUUAAACAAACCUAGCAUGCUCCAGAACAUCCGCCGCUUCCGAUAUGUUGGAGGGACACCUACAAACAUUGGGAAAGCUCUGGACUACGUUAUAACAAAUCUGUUUGUAACGGCUGGUGGGAGCAGAAUAGAGGAAGGAGUACCACAACACCUCGUGCUUCUGACUGGUGGAAAGUCACAAGAUGAUGUGAGGAGUUAUGCCAGACUUCUUAGAGAUGCCAAUAUCAAAUCCCUUGCAGUGGCAACCAGUAAUGCUGACAGGACAGAGUUGGAAACCAUCAUUUCUGAUCCCCGAUAUUUAUUUACCAUCAGAGAAUUUACUGACCUUCCUAGAAUACAAGAUGUCCUGCUUAGGUCUUUUGAAGGCCCAGUUGAGCCUACUUUAGCGCCACCAGAAAUCCCAUCUGUUUCUGGGAGGAAAGAAGCAGAUAUUGUAUUCCUUGUGGACGGAUCUAUUAAUUUGGGAAGAGAUAACUUUAAGGAGGUUCUUCAGUUUUUUUCUGGCAUUGUAGAUGCUAUUUAUGAUGAAGGAGAUUCCAUCCAGAUUGCACUGGCCCAAUACAACUCUGAUGUGACCGAUGAAUUCUUUCUGAAGGAAUACACAGAUAGAGACGCCAUCAUGGAAGCUGUAACAAAAGCUGAAUACAAGGGAGGCCGCGUAGCCAGCCUCAGCGCAGCCAUCCGUCACUUGCAGGAUAAACAUUUUGUACAACCAGCAGGGAGCAGAAUUGGAACUGGGGUUCCGCAGAUCGCAUUCAUAGUCACCGGAGCUAAGUCAGUUGAUGAGGGUCAGGCUGCAGCUUUGUCUUUGGCAAGUAAAGGUGUUAAAGUCUUUGCCAUUGGAGUGGGCAGCAUUACCACUGAUGAAGUUUCAAAAAUAUCAAGUGAUGCACCAAGCGCUUUCCGAGUGCCUAAUGUCCAGGAACUGUCUGAACUGAAUGAGCAGAUCCUGAUUACCCUUGACACUGCUCUGACUACUAAACCAUCUGUUUUGUGCCCAAGGGGAGAUGUUACUAGAGACUGUAAAUUGGAGGUGAUUAUAGGAUUUGAUGUGUCUGAAGUCAUCCCCGGACAAAAUAUCUUCUCUGCACAGAGAGGACUGGAGUCUAAAUUGAGGCAGAUCCUGGAACGUAUCUCUAACAUGCAAAGCAUUAGCUGCUCUGGCCAGCAGAAACCAUCAGUGAAAGUUUCCAUCUUGGCCCAGGGCAGAACAGGAGCAGUGGAAGCGUUUGACUUCUCAGACUAUCGUCCAGAGUUGGCUGACAAGCUUACGGCCAUGGGCACUCGUGGGCCAUUUGUCCUGACGGACCGGACACUGCAGACAUACCUGGCAAAAUUCAAGACCGCUGGAGAUGAUAGUAGUAUCAAGGUGGUUAUUCAUAUGACAGAUGGCGCGGACGCAGGAAUGGCUGAACUACAAGAAGCAUCAGCAGUUCUUCAGGGUGCAGGUGUAAGGGCACUGCUAUUUGUGGCACUGGAAAAUGCUCAGAAAUUUGAUCAAGUGAUGCAGUUAGAGUUUGGCAGAGGCUUUACAUACAACAACCCACUGAGACUGAACCGAGUGGAUCUGGAUUAUGAGAUCAUAGAAGAAUUGGAUAACAUUGCAGAGAAAGGAUGCUGUCAUGUGCCUUGCAAGUGCUCUGGACAAAGAGGUGACAUUGGAAGUCCUGGCCCCUUUGGGCCAAAGGGUGUUUCCGGCCUUAAAGGUCACCAAGGAUUCCCUGGUGAAGAAGGAGGACCGGGAGAGCGUGGACCUCCUGGCGUCAACGGAACUCAAGGUUUCCAGGGCUGCCCAGGGCAACGAGGGCCAAAGGGAUCUCGUGGAUUCUCUGGAGAUAAGGGUGAAGUUGGAGAAAUUGGCUUGGAUGGAAUUGAUGGAGAAGAUGGAAAAAGAGGAAUUCCUGGACCUUCUGGUGACAGAGGAAGCCCUGGAUCACGGGGUGAGAAAGGCUUGAAAGGACAUAGAGGAGAGAGAGGAGACGCUGGACUUCGAGGCGAUCCUGGUGAGUCAGGCACAGACUCAACACAAAGAGGGUCAAGAGGACCAAAAGGAGAAACUGGGUCUGUGGGAGAGCCUGGAAGAGAUGGUCCAGUUGGAGCCCCAGGGGGACCAGGCAAAACUGGUCCUGUUGGCAGAAGGGGGCCUCCAGGGGUUAAGGGUAAUAUAGGUAAUGCUGGCCUUGCAGGUGGUAUUGGUGAACUGGGACUCAGAGGACCACAGGGUCCACCAGGACAACAGGGAACUCCGGGUACACGUGGAGAGCAGGGCAGCCCUGGGCCAAGAGGACCAGGCGGCACUCCUGGAGCUCCUGGUGAUCGUGGCCGAAUUGGACAACUUGGACGCAAGGGUGAACCUGGAGAUCCAGGACCCGUUGGAUCCGAAGGACCUGCUGGCCCACGAGGAGAGACAGGGGACGAUGGGCGGGAUGGAGUUGGAAAACCAGGACUUAAGGGCAGAAAAGGAGAGACUGGAUUCCCAGGAUACCCAGGAUCAAAGGGAGAUCCUGGCGACAGAGGAACAAAUGGAGAGCAAGGACCUAAAGGAAACAGAGGCCGUAGGGGCAACGCGGGUGAUCCUGGUAUACUCGGAGUAAAAGGAGACCAAGGCUAUCCCGGGCCAGUGGGACUGAAGGGAGAGCGAGGAGGCUCCAGGGAUCAAUGUGCCUUGGUGAAGAAUAUAAAAGAUAAAUGCCCUUGCUGUUAUGGUCCCAAGGAGUGCCCUGUUUUCCCCACUGACCUUGUAUUUGCUGUGGACAUAUCUUCUGAUGUAAACCGCAACCAAUUCAACAAUAUGAAGCAGUUAAUGCAGAGGGUUAUAGACCAGCUAUCCAUUACAAAUAGCAACUGUCCUAGAGGGGCCCGUGUUGCAAUGCUAACCUACAACUCUGAUGUCAUAACUGAAAUCCGCUUCUCAGAUGCUCUGAGGAAGCCUGCACUUCUUGAGAGAAUCCGUAACAUGCAGAUCACGCAAACAACCAAGCAGCGCAACCUGGAGAAUGUCAUGUCUUUUGUGGCACGGAAUACAUUUAAAAGGGCACGUGGAGGGUUCCUGAUUAGAAAGGUUGCAGUGUUCUUCAGUAAUGGACCCACAAGAGCAUCUCCGCAACUUAAUGAAGCUGUACUGAAACUGUAUGACGCUGGGGUUUCAUCUGUCUUCCUUACCAAUAGAGAAGAUAGGCCGUUGACAAAUGCCCUGCAGGUCAAUAACACUGUUGUGGGCCAGGCCAUAGUGCUCAGUGCUGGUGCAGCUCAGUUUAAUGCAACCAUUCGCAGAGUUUUGGCAUGCCAUGUCUGUCUGGAUGUAUGUGAGCCUGAUAGCUCAUGUGGCGUUAGUCCUCCUAGAGGAGACUUACGUCUGAGACGUUCAGCUGCCACUGAUGUUGAUGUGGACCUGGCCUUCCUGCUUGACAGCUCUGAGUCCACCACACCAGCUCAAUUUGCAGAGAUGAAGAAGUUUGUAGCCUAUGUUGUUGGUCAGUUUGAACUUAGCUCUGAUCCCAAAUCUUCACUGCACCAUGCCAGAGUCUCUGUGUUCCAGCAUGCACCAUAUGAGUACCUGAGUAACAAAACCAUCCCACCUGUGCAAGUAGAUGUUGGGCUAACUGAAUACACCUCCAAAGAGCAAAUGCAGACCUUUAUCCAAAGUAAGAUGACCCAGCUUUAUGGAACACGAGCACUGAACAGUGCCAUCAGAUAUGUAGUAGAAAAUGUGUUAGACAUUGCUCCUAACCCAAGAGCCAUGAAGGUCAUAUUCCUCAUCCUAACUGGAGAAAUAAAAGCUGACGAACUUAAGCAGCUACAUCAAACAGUCGUUGAAGCCAAAUGUAAAGGCUACUUCUUUGUUAUUCUAAGCGUGGGGAAGAAGGUAAAUGCUGGUCAGUUGUACACUUUGGCCAGUGAACCUCAUGAUGUUUUCUCCAAGAAGGCAGACAAACCAUCUGAGCUGCAUGAAGAGACACUGCUGAGAUUUGGUAUACAGCUACCAGGAUUCAUUAGCAGUGAGAAUGCAUUCCAUCUCUCUCCCGAAAUCCAGAAGCAAUGUGAUUGGUUCCAGAAUGACCAGCCAGUGAAGACCUCAGUCCAACAGAAUGAGAGUCUCGGAGAUCUAACACUCACAGCUGUAGUACCAGAUGAGAUGAUGUCCAGUCAAAGGCCCGAGGUUCUGACAGUACGUACAACCACAGAAGCACCGGCAGAUAUUACUUUAUCAACACAAGAUACAGGAACGUCAAGGACUGAGCUCCAGGUGUUGGAUGUGACAGAGAACAGUGUACAUUUGAGCUGGGCCAGCUCAGAUCCCAAUCAACCUCACCUCUAUGAUCUAAGUGUGACAUCUUUGAGUAAUCAAGCCCUAGUCCUAAAGCAGAAUGUCACAGGCACUGAUAGGAUCAUCGGAGGGCUAAAAAGUGGAGAGCAGUACCAGGUCACCAUAAGUGGGCACCACCAGACUCUUGGGAUGGUCAUCUACCAAGCAACAUUCAAAACCAGUAAUCCUCCACCCAAGCCAGUAGCUGUAGAUAAUACUCACCUAGCUGGGAGUACAGACCCACUGGACAGCCCCGAAAUAGUGAUCCAGAAAACUGUUCGGACACCAGCUUCAGAAGAGAAACAACUGCCAGGUUUAGAGAUCUGUAAUUUGCAGAAAGAGGAGGGAACCUGCAGGAAAUUUGAACUGAAGUGGCACUAUGACAAAGAAACCAAGAGCUGCACCAGGUUCUGGUAUGGUGGCUGUGGAGGCAACGCUAACCGGUUCAACACACAGAAAGAAUGUGAAAAGACCUGUAUCCCAGUGCCUUUGAAUCCCGCUGUGGUCUCUGCUAUUGGAACAUAAGGAGAUCACAGAAUUACCUCUCUUGGGGAGACAGCCCACCAUGUACUGCCCCUCUUCUUACAGUCAACCCUAGCCAGCUAACCCCCUCCACUGGGUUAGGGGCUUACAGGAUUUAUCAAUAUGGUGCUAAUUCUUCUGUGGACUUGGUGACAACUGCUGCUGGCAUCUUAAACCCUUUCACUGAUGGAGAGAGAGCAGCUCCACUCCCUGUUGCUAUGUGGAGCAACGGUCGUUGAGUCUCUGCAACAAUGAAAGGGUUACCUGGCACUUACAUAGCAGCUAGUACUUUUAAGGUUUUACCCUUUCUUUAUGGCACACAUGCAACCCCAGCUGCCUAUCCAAAAACACCUUACCCUUCUGAACAACUCCUGAUGCCACCCUGAACUGCUUCAUGUUUCAGCCUCUCCUUUCACUGCUCCAUGCUCCAGAAUAAUAUUAAGUUCUUCACUAUCAGGGUGACUUACAAGUUGUGAGUUCCACUUGCAGUGAAAGAGUCAAGUAGAAGAAUAUUGAGAUCUCCUAUAGUAUAAAGCACUUAACUUUCACAUGCCUUCUCACCUGCUCAGCAUUGCAUAGUGAAUGCACAUGUCCUCGCCUUAAGCUCUACUGGUGCCUUGGAAAAAAGACCUGCCCUGCCAGUGUCUCUUGCAAUGCACUGCACAGCUAUGGAUUGCAGGUAUCACUGGCAAAAAAGGGUUUAAGCCCUUUAGGUUUUACCACUUUUUAAAAUGUAGAAAUUGCAUUUGGUGGCCUUAUGGCUCAGUCAAUGCACUGCCGCAAAAGCCAAUAUAGAAGAAUGCAACUUUUCUACUUUUGGGUAUAUUUUUUCUACUUUGGGGUUGGAAAGCUAUAAAAUUGGUAAUGGGGGCAUUCAUGUUCUGAUAUGUUUUAUGAUUUUUUUAAAUAAAUGGAGUUGUUACAAAACAUGUUUGAAUAAAGGCUGAAGAGGUGUUA